AUGAUAGAACCCUCUGAAGACUCAUUUGAGACGAUGAUGGAGCGUAAGAAUCCAUCAUCAAAACAAAUGGAGUCCUCCGAGGGCUCAUCCAACACCGCCGUGGAGACAUCGGGCAGCGGAGUGCAGGAGGCGGCGGGACCGGCCAGCGGCCCAGCCCAGGAAAUGGCAGAGCUGCCCAUUGAUCUCCUCCAAGACAUGGAGGAGCCAUCCAGUGGCCCACAUAGGGAAAUAAAGGAUCCACCCAAUGACCUACUCCAAGACCUGGAGGAGUCACUCAUUGGUUCACAUCAGGAAGUGGGGGAUCCACGUGGUGAGGCACCUGGCAAAAUGGAAGAAGCAUCAGGCAACCCAUGGGUAGACCAGGAAGACGAAGAUUACAACACUGACCUGGAUGAAUCAGGAGAGGAAGAGCGUCCUGAAGAGCAGACCGACACCUCGACUGCAGAAUUCAUGGCCAUGGUGAGGUCCAUCAUCUCUCUGUACUUCCGGAUGCAAGACCUCAGAGAACAGCAAAGAGUCGCAGAAGAGAUCUUGAUGAAAGGGAUCAGCGCGGGCCAACUGCCACUCCCGAAACACUUCUCCGGGGAUCGCAGAGAAUACCACGAGUUUAUCGUGCUCUGCCAACUGAUCUUACAAAGCUACCCCAGAAUGUUCUACAACGACCGCCUGCGAGUGGGGUACAUCAUCUGCCACCUCUCCGGCUUGGCCUUAGAAUGGGCCAAAGGGCUGGUGCAGGAAGACAGCCCCCUGAUUGGCGACUUCCCGGCCUUCCUAGAGGCCAUGUCAGAUGUGUUCGAGUACAGGCAGGCGCUGCGUGUGGCAGAAGAGGCCAUGUUCAACAUCAGGCAAGGGGAUCGCGCCGCCAUUGACUACAUCAACGAGUUCCAGGGCCUGGUACCCACCUUAGGAUGGCCAGACGAAGUCCUGCAGGCCCACCUGUGCCAGGGGCUUAACGAGGAGAUCAGGCAUUAUCUGUUCCGGGUCCCUCAACCGGAUUCGCUGGACAGUCUGAUUGUGCUCGUCCUGCAAAUAGAAGAGAAGCUGGCAGAGAGAAGAGCCAUGCUUAGGCUGCCCCCAGAGGCCCGCCCACGGAACCUGACCUGGAUCGACUCACCUGCUCCAGAGAGGUGGAUGGUUAGCAGCUGGCUGCCCUGUGAAGUCCACCCCACCAUUGACCGCGACCAUCUCUUCCUGCUGCUUAUGGUGAGAGUGAACCCUUACCACAGCGUCGCAGUCCAGGCCCUGGUAGACUCAGGGGCGGGCGCCAACUUCAUGGAUGAGAGGUUCGCCCAAGAGCACUAUGUUGAGCUGUACGAGAAGCCCUACCCACAGCCGAUCCAAACCAUGGAUGGCUCGCUGGUCGGCAACGAACCUGUCUGGCUCUACACAGAGCCCCUAGUGUGCAUCCACCAGAACCACCAGGAGUCCAUCGAGUUCGACAUCGUCCCUUCACCCAACUUCUCCGUGAUCUUGGGCAUCAACUGGCUCCGAGUCCACACCCCCGAAGUUGACUGGGUCAAAGGCCGCUGCACCUUCCACUCUCCCUACUGCCUGAAGAACUGCUUCCGCCCGCCCCCACCAUGCAUCGCACUGGAGAGACAUGCCAUAAGCCUGCUACCCGGACUGCCGCCCCAGUAUUCCGACCUGGCCGACGUGUUUAACCCGAAGGAAGCAGAUGAUGAGACUUCCGACCAGCCAAGCUCAGACGGAUCCGAUGAUCUUUCUGAAUCAGAGCCCUCUGAGCUUCAGCAGGCUGGAGACAGUGAUCACAGCGAGACCUUCUACGAGUGUCCCUCCUCCGCGCCUUGGGAACCUGUGGGUGCUGGGAUGCAAGAAAGAGCCAGGCUGCGGGACGAAUACUGGGACCUGCAGGACAUGCUGACCAACAGACAGGACUACAUACAGAUGAUUCCAGAACUAUUCGACCAGCUACACGGAGCUACAUGGUUCACAAAGCUGGAGCUGCGUGGGACCAUUGUGGAGGAAAGCAUGAACAUACACCAAGCAGAGGAUGUAUGGAGGGCGGCGUUUGGUUUGGAGCUCCAGGAGAUGGAGAGCUACAAGCCCUUCCUGAUCUCCUCAGACCCUACCAUCCCUCAGAGCGUGAUUCACUGUAUCCUGAAGGACAUGCUAGGCUACUCUGUGCUUUCCUAUGGGCAGGACGUCCUCAUCUACUCAAUGAGCCAGGAGGAACACCUCCAACAUGUCCGCCAGGUCCUGGUCCGCUUCCGGCACCACAACGUCUACUGCUCCCUGGACAGGAGCCAGUUCCACCGACACACUGCCGAGUUCCUGGGAUUCGUCAUGACCCCCAAAGGGGUGAAACUGAACAAGAACAUCGUGACCACAGUAACAGGGUACCCCAUCCCUGGCUCUAAGAAGUCCCUGCGACACCUGAUCGAGUUCAUCUUCCCCUACCGCCACUUCGUGGAGCGCUUCACCAUCAUCACGGAGCCCCUGGUGCGCCAGCUGCUGACCACCGACCCGUUCUUCUGGGGGGAUGAGGAGCAGGAGGCCUUCGAAUGCCUGAAGCGGGCUUUCCGCAAGGCGCCCCUUCUCCACCACCCCAAGCCCCAGAACCCGUUCUACUUGGAAACAGGAGUCACCAAGACGGCUCUGCACGCCUCCCUGAUCCAAAUAGAUGACCAGACCGGCAAGAGAGUCUCCUGCGCUUUCUACUCCCGAAACAUCUCCCCGAUCGAGGUCGACUACUCUCAACUAGAGAUGAAGAUUCUUCCAAUACGGGCUGCCUUCAUGGUGUGGUGCCGCUACCUGGAGAACACCGAGGAGCCCAUCAUGAUCCUUCUCAACACAGAGGAUCUAGCCUCUCUGAAUAAUGACAGGCUCACCGUACUUCUCCCCGGGCAUUGGGUCUUCUUCUUCUCCCACUUCCGCUUUGAUGUCAUGGAGCGGCCCGAGCAAGAUGGUGGCCGGCCUCUGCCGCCCGUGAGAAACCCCUACCGCAGGCCUUUCCAGCCCCGCACUGCCACCCAGCCCCUGAUGCUCUUCGCCACGAGACGAUCCCACAGGGAUCAGCUCCCAGAAGCCGCAGAGGAAGAGGAGAGUGAAGAUACACCCCACCAGGAUGAGCCACGUGGGCAGACCCUCCAGCAAGAGUUCCUGGCCCGGAUACCAGCUGACCAGAUACUCAACAGCCUCCUGGCCCAUCUCAGCGUGGCCCAGAUCAGAGCCGUCAUUCUGCACUUCUUCCGAGGCCUGCUGUUCUGGAAGAACACCCUAGCCGUGGCAGCCCUCCUGGUGAUGCUGAAGGCAAGGCGGCGCCUCCCGCCGCUGCCCGCACCCACCCUGGAAGUGGCUCCGGUCCCUGCCAGGCGCUCCCUGCGCCUCAUCCUGGACUCGACCCUCCUCACAAACCACAGCAUCUCCACAGCCAUCACCCAGCUGCUCACGCAGAUGCCCUCUCUCCUGGGCGCUAACGCCCUCCCAGUGGAGCAGCGGGCGGAGCAGAGCGCCCUGCUCCCCCAGGCCCCCCAAGGCCUGCGCAUCACACCCAUGUUCUGGAUGAUGCUGUGUGAGCGCUUCGGUGUCAGAAUCGCUCCCGGAGAAGGAACGCGCCCUUUACUGCGCGGGAGCCGCUACCUGGAGCUGCACGUCGUCGGUGGUGAUGUCGUCUUGCGAGAAGCCCUGCAAGACGACCUGCAACGUUACCGUCAGUGUGGCCUGCAUGACGGCCUGCAAGACACCUCGCAGGACGCGCAGGAGGACGACGUGCAGGAAGACGACGUGCAGGAAGACGACGUGCAGAAAGACGACGUGCAGGAAGACGAUGUGCAGGAAGACGACGUGCAGGAAGCCCGGACCGACAGCAGCCUGGCCGUCGCGCCCCGCCAACAGGCCCCCGUGGGCUCUGGAAUCCUCAGCUUCCUACACAACCACCUGCGCGGUGCCCACGGGCAGGCCGGCCUGGCCGACCAGGAGCCAGCGGCCAGGGCCCUGACCCACUUUCUGGCCAUGAUCUGCACAGAGGCCCCGGGCCCCAUCCGGGGGAGACAGCCCAGAGAAGGAGCAAGGCUGGAAGAACUCCCCGAUGACGACGCAGACACAGACCACCACUGA